GUAAACGCAAAACAGAACAUAUUAACAAAGACAUGAGCCAACAAGAGCAACCAAGUAGGCCACAAGAGCCGGUCAAAUACGGAGAUGUUUUCCAAGUCUCCGGCGAACUCGCCGAUAAGACCAUAGCUCCUGAGGAUGCUAGCAUGAUGCAAGCCGCGGAGACACGUGUCUUCGGACACACUCAAAAAGGCGGUGUAGCCGCGGUCAUGCAGUCUGCGGCCACCGCUAACAAACAAGGUGGCUUCGUCCACUCAGGUGACACAACCGACCUUGCCGCCGAAAAAAGCGUCACGGUGGCACAAACUGACGUCCCUGGUGCACGUGUCACAACGGAAUUCGUCGGCGGACAGGUCGUUGGACAAUACAUUGAGCCAAAGCCUGUGACGGCUGUGGCGGCCAUGGACGCAGAAGCGUUAGGAUUGAAUUUGCAAAGUGCGAUAACGAUUGGUGAAGCAUUGGAAGCAGCUGUGCAAACCGCUGGAAACAAACCGGUGGAUCAGAGCGACGCAGCAGCGAUUCAAGCGGCCGAGGUUAGAGCUUCAGGCACCAACGUCAUUGCUCCUGGUGGUAUCGCCGCUUCAGCUCAAUCCGCAGCGAAUCACAACGCUACUAUUGAUCGUGACGAGGAUAAAAUCAAGCUCGUUGAUGUUUUGGCGGGUGCGACGGGGAAGUUACCGGCGGAUAAAGUCGUGACAAGGCAGGACGCGGAGGGAGUGUUGAGCGCUGAGCGGAGGAACAACCUCAGCUUGUCUAUUCACCCAGGUGGUGUAGCGGCUUCUGUUAUCGCCGCCGCUAAUCUUAACGAGAAAUCGGAAAUAUGACUAAUACGGCGAGACUAAGACGAACUUGUAAUGUAAAAAUAAGUAUAGUUUCUGUUUCUCUUUUGGUCUUGUUGUUCAAAAAAGUUUAAAGUUUAAGCCUUUCUUUAGCUCUGAGUACUUCAAGAAUGAUAGUUCA